AUGGGACGAAAGCGUGUCAAGUGGCCUAGCUUUACAAUCGGCGACUUCGUCUUCGCCAAGGUACGUGGUUACCGAGCCUGGCCUGCUCGUAUUCUGAAUCGAGCUGGUACAACGGCAUACAACGUGUACUUCUAUGGAACCUGCAACCACGCCAGAGUGUCUCGCAAACAUAUCUUCGACUUCGAGAGUCACCAGCGUCGGUUGGGUGAGGUUCGAUCUAAGGGUUUCGUCUGUAAUCGAGAUUUCCGGGGUGCCAUGCUGCACGCCCAUCAUGCUUUCGCUAAACCGGAGAAAGAUUUUGGGUUCUACCAGCAGUUAGCCGUACAUAAUAAUGAGUCCGCCGAUGAUGAAGCCAGUCUGCAGGAGAAGGAAUCUGAGGAACAGGAUGUCGAAGAUCUGAAAAUGAACUCUUUGGUGACUGAUGAUGAAGCCAGCCUGCUGGAGAAGCAAUCUAAGGAACAGGAUGUCGAGGAUCUGAAAAUGAACUCUGAGGUGACUGAUAAUGCAGGUAGCCUGCAGGAGAAACAAUUCGAGGCACAGGAUUUUGAGGAUCUGAAAAUGGACUCUGCGGUGGCUAAUGAAAAAAGUAGCUUGCAGGAGAAACAAAUUGAGGAUCAGUAUGCCGAAGAGGAGAAGUGGAUGCAUCAGCUAAUGAUGGAGGAGGAGCUGGACUCCGAAAAUCAGCCGGACGAACAGGUUGUUGGGGCAAAGGAUAGACCGGAAAAAAAUAAUUUUGAGGGGCAAAACUUGAACAUAGAGCUAGAGGAGCAGGACUCCCAAGAGCAAUACUCGAUGGCUCAAUUAACUCCUUUAAAUUCACAGAAGCUUCAUUCCAUUUAUCAGCAGGAUGAUGAGAAAUCUGAAGAGCUGGACUCAGAAGAUGAAAUGGAGGAGCAGAAGUUGCAAGCUACCCAAGAUCCCUAUGUUAUGCCAGUUGCCUUAAAGCAGCACUCAUUGCCUCAGUUGGAUGGCCUGGAUUCGGAGGAACUUGACAUCAGGACACCUGACCAGAUUUCCAGAGAUCAGCUCGACAAAGAGGUGAGGGAGCUAAUGGAAAUGCUGGCGGAUAUCGAGGACUAUGCUCGUAAACAAAAUCUUGACAAUGUUGAGGAUUUAUAUUACUUCAACGAACCGUUUAACCUAUUUUUCCCUCGUCGUCGCUAAAGCCAAAAUAAAGGACCAACACACUCCGAAAUAUGAAUAAGUGGUUUUCGUUAGGACUAUGAAAUGUUAUGUUUGUUUUUUAAACUUACUUGGACUUUCAAAUUUACUUAGCUCCUCAAUAUGUUCAAACUAUGUUUAAAAGUUAUGUAUUUAUAACUUUCGUAAAAAUCUAAAAUGGUAUUUAGAAAUCUAAAAGGUUUUUCCUGUUUCAUGUAUUAACCUUUACAGGUAAAAAAAUACCUAUAUUAUGUAAGAUCUACAUACCAAGAACAACAACGACUUCCUAGGUCUAAACUUGAUUUAGAAAUGUAUGUAAUAUUUACCUCAAUCAACUACAAAAACAAAAUAUGUCGCGCAUUUCAAAUGUAACUAAAUUACGAAUUUUCAUUCGCUUCAAAUUCAUUUAGAAGUAGAGACAAAAGAAGUUCAGAAUUUAUGUUUUAUGUUCAAAAUAUCUAAGAUAGUUAAUGGAUGAAAACUUUUUCAGUCGAAAUGAAUUUUUGCUUUGUUUAUAAUUAAACCUUAUAA